CAAUGGAAAAAUAGCAGCUAAUUGGUGUUUUAUGUGCUGUUAGUGAAGAGUAAAUUUGACAAAGUUUGUGUCUGUGUGUAGCGUUUGCAUUAAAAAAAUAAUAAUAAUUAAAAAAAAGUUACAAAUCAUAUGCUUAAUUUUCUAUCUCUAACGCACGGUUUCGUUUUAUUGGUAAAUCCCCUGCUUGACUGAAGAAAACAAAAACCAGAUUGUGAGCAGUGGGCGUGUCUUGCGGGGUACUUCCUGUGGCCUCGCGGGGCGUAGCUAGCAUUUCAGGAUAAAAACAACAGUGGGCGCGUGCGUGUCAGAUCGUUUGUUUGUAGUGGAAAGUUUUCGAAAAAAUGGUGCAGCAGCAGCUCCCCAAAUAUGGAACAAAAGAGAACCCUUUGCUUAAAGGGGGCCACCGUCCUGCAGUAAAAGCAGGAGGUAAAAGGGUGGCUAAGAAGGGCGUGGAGGAGGGGGCUACCCACGUGACUCCAGAGAAGGACUCAAAAAGGGCCGAUAAACCCAGGUCUAUGGUAACCCCCAACAGGAUGCAACAAGUUGGAAUCCUCCUGACUGGAUCUCUUGACAAGCUAAGCCACAACUUUCCAGAGACGCCAGUGAGUGUGAGGCAUAGCAAGAUGUGCCCCGCUGUAGAGAAGCCUCACUGCCCUCGGAGCUUUCUCAUUCAGCAGCCCAGGAAAUGGUGAAGUUCCUUCAAGAGAGGCAAAGACAGCUGUGUGAAAUCAGCUGUGAGAUGCAAACGAGAAGCUCUUAAGUGGAAAUGCAAUGUUUGUUGGGUAUUGAUGGGGUGAGGGGAAUUUCUACAGUGUUUGUUUAAUGGAAGGAGAAAAAAAAAUCAAAAAUUGUUUAUGUAAGCCAACUUUAAAUCUAUUUCCUGUUCAAAUUUAUUUUUGCUAUAAAGUGGGUAAAAUUGUGAACUUCUAAAGGAGUGCAAAAUGUAAAACGAGUUAAAAUUCAAACCAUGUAUGCUUUUGUACUUGUUGACAAUGAAAAAUAAAACCCUUAUUGAAACCUG